GGAGGAAGAGGAGGGAGGGAGGGAGGAUGCUGCCAGCGGAAAAUGGCUGCUGCAACCUCAAGCCUAUCCUGAUAGACAGAAACGACAUCAAGGUGGAGAGAGUGUGUGUGAGAGAGACGGAGGAAGAUUAGGAAAAUGAGAGCAGAUGGAGAGAGAAGGUGAAGCGAGUCUGAGUGUUUCCUGAAAGGAGGAAUAAAAAAGAAGAGGGAGAGAGGAGAGCCUGGGGUGGGCUGCUGCAAGCGGCGGGCAACACCGAGCCAUGGAGGGCGAUGUGCGUGUUCGCGCUGUGGUGAUGACACGUGAUGACUCCAGUGGCGGUUGGGUUCAGCUUGGAGGCGGCGGCCUCAGUCACGUGGUCAUAUGCAAAGGGAGGAGCCAUGAUGGCAGGAGCCGGAGAGAGUACACCAUUCGUGGAGAGCGACUGCGAGACCGAGCACCAGUACUGGAGUGUGCUGUCCAAAGAGGACUGGUAUACAACAAGGUGAAUCCCAUCUUCCAUCACUGGAGAGUAGAGGAUCAGAAAUUUGGCCUUACAUUCCAGAGUCCUGCUGAUGCCAUCUCCUUUGAAAAAGGGCUGCAGACUGUCUUAGACAAGCUGGAAAGAGGUUCUGACUCGCCGUCGUCCUCCACGCCAGAAGAGGCUGACACUGAAGAUGAUGGUCAAGCUUCCCAUACAGGAAGUGAGUCGUCGUCCAACAGCAGAAAGGAGAUGCUUCCCAAAUCUAUCACCAUAGUGACAAGCGAGUCCUCAUCCACCUGCUUCGUCCUGCCAGAAGAGUUCAGCUUUGGAUCCAGCCAUGCCGUCACCACUCACACGCCUGCUCAGAUCCACACCAGGCCAGGACAGCACCAGCUCUCUCAAAUGACGACUGUGUUAAACCCCCCAGCGCCCCCACCUCCUCCACCGGCUCCACCAACUCCUCCUGCGGGUCCCCCAGCCUCCUCCCCUCUGUCCCCUCUGUCACCAACCAUUUCGCUGCUGGAAGAAGGGGAUCUACGCAGUGUGGAUCCUUGCAAAGAUCUGUGGGGUUCCCGGGGCUAUGAGGAUUAUAGACGUGCGGGUGCGACAAGGACUAUGGUUGGGGGGCUGACAGGGGGAGUUGUCGUCGGUGGUGGGGGGAGUCUACAGGACAAGUCGGAGCUCUGCGUUGUACGCUUCGAGAAGGAGUUGGCCGGAGUGGGUACGGCUGGCUGCGAGGUGACCGUGAGCCUUGACAGCAAAGCCUCCCAGCGCCUGUCAUCGUCGUCGCCUACCUGCAUGUCCAUGCCCAAUGCCGUGUCAGGAGUGUCCUCAGGUGCGGGCUCACCCCAGGAGACGGGUAAAGGAUCCCCCUCCCCUUGCUGCAUCCACACCUCGCUGGCCGCGUCCCGGUCGCGGACUCGUAAGAGAGGAGGAGGGGCCAGCAGCAGCGAUCCGGGGGCCAUCUCGCCCGAUGACGACAGCCCGUGCCCUCAGGCGUCAUCAUCGUGCUCAUCACGCUGCGUGUACUGCCGCUCAGUUUUCAGCGCCUCAGAGAAUGGGCGGGGCCGCUGCAGGGACGCCCCCGACCCGGCCCUGCACUGCCUCCGCCAGUGGACCUGUGUGUGGUGCGCAGAAAGCCUGCUCUACCACUGCAUGUCGGACUCUGAGGGAGAGUUUUGGGAGCCUUGUUCGUGUGAUGACUCUAUGGGGGGCCACCCGCACCCCCUCUGCUGUGCCCGCUGGUUGGCCCUCCUGGCCCUGUCCCUCUUCGUGCCCUGUAUGUGCUGCUACCUGCCUCUGCGCGCCUGCCUGCGAUGUGGGGAGAGGUGUGGCUGCUGUGGGGGAAAGCACAAAGCGGUCCGAUGAGGCCAAGCUGAGGGGUAGGAGGGCUUCCCUGGACCGAGGGGUCUGGGUAUCAGUUGGGUGGAACAGGUGCUCUCAGCGGAACCAGACAUCCAACGCAGUCCUCCAAAGCCCCACAGCCUUCCACUGAUUUCUGCUCUUUCUCCUUUCAACCGGGGGGCCUUCCUCAAUGGUCCAUGCCUGCUGCAGGUGCUCUGCACUCAGACCAGGCUCUUUGGGAGUCAUCUGGAGCCUUCGUAGUGGAUUUACCGGGGCGUGGCUAUAAAGCCGUCAAUGACGUUAGUAAAGAAGGAAGGUUGGCAGAGGCAACAAUGGUGUGUACACUGUUUCAAAUGUCCGUUUGUUUUUGUUUUUUUUAUUUAGCAAGAAAAUCUUUGAAAAAACAGCAACAAAAGAUGUUUAUAUAUAUGAUUGUUAUAAUUUUAAUUGGUAUAUUUUAUUAAAUGUAAAACACAUCAACAGAAUCCCCAAAUGGCACACACACAUAUACACACCCUCACGUAUUCACAGACACAAGCUCUUGGGGAAGUUAUUUGUUCCAUGUUAAACAGACGUCACCCUUUACCUCUAAUUUUACCUCAGAUGUUACUCAAACCUGGGUUAGAGAUUAAAAAAAA